AAGCCGAAUGGCAAGUAUAUAUACAGAUGCUCUAUGUAGCAGUGACUAAUGAAACAAACUUGAGCGGCUGAGGAGCUUGGAAACGGAAAGGGCAAUGGACUUGCUGGACAAGCUCUAUUUUCCCUCAUGAAUCAUGACUGAAACCACCAAUAUCCCCCAGAUACGCUUUCCACAGCACGGUGACCGCCGAGUAUGGCUGAUAUCUUCAGGUGACAGCCCCAUAGGGCUAUCUGUAGCUCGCCAGGUUCUUGCUCACGGUGACUGUGUGGUGAGCGGAGUGGUACCGUCAAACAUAGUCCGAGAUGAGAAUCGACGGACUUACUUUGAGGAUUUCCUCGCGGAAGUUGAGAGGGACGAGGACCAUGGGUGGAAAGAUCGGUUUCGCACUUUUCUAUUAGAUAUCAGGAAGAUGGGUGAAUGUCAAGCCGCUGUAGCCGAAGCAGUGAAUCUAUUUGGCAGACUGGACAUUGUACUUUGCUGCACAAGCCAAGCGAUUGUCGGCUCUGUCGAAGAACUAAGUGCUUCACCACGAACACUGAGUCUGGUCCGGGAUCAGUUUGAGACUAAUUACUUUGGACCUGUGAACAUAAUCAAGGCGGCUCUUCCUCAGCUCCGCUCACAGAAAGGAGGUCACUUUCUCGUGUUGACGGGAAUCACGGCUCAUCUUGGUACUCCAGGGUUAGGUGUAUAUUGUGCAUCCGAAUGGGCUCUAGAAGGGUUUUGCGAUAGCAUCGCAUACGAAGUGGCCCCCUUCAACAUCAAAGUCUCCAUCCUUCAAUGCAGUAUGGAAAUCUGCAUUCUCACAAACCUCAUCAGCAGUGUACCUCCAAUCCUCCCAGCAUACUCCGCCUCGGAAAACAAUGCACCACUUUUCCGAAAUAUACUAGACGGUCUCGUUUCACGAUUACCACAAGCAUCAGUAGCAUCCGAAAGUAUUACCAGCAGCGAAACACCAGCAACAAUAGCAAUAACAAGCCCCAACUCCAACUCCGAGAACGCAGAAAAACUGGGCCCUUUUUCAUCCUUACAGGAAGUCGUGACUAUGUAUGCACCAUUCAGUGCCGCGCACCUUGAAGCCCUUACACUGGAGACGGUGCAUGCAAUUACAGCAAUAGGUGGACAUGAGAAUCCGCCUUCACGACAUAUUAUUGGACAGGAAGGAGUAGCUGCUGUCAAGGAGAAGUUGAAGACUGUUAGUGAGGAAUUGGAGGAUUUUGUGCAGUCUAGUUACUCGGUUAAUAUUCAUGAAAGUACUGCUGAGGAGGAGUUUAAUGCGGAUAUCAUGUAGAUUUUUGAGGGUCUAAUGCCACGUUCUAUCAAUAAUUUCGAUUGCACGCAAAAGAAAGAGACAAAAAUGUAACAAUUCUAGGAAACUGGUAUCAACUAAACUCCGAUCUGAAUCAAAGACGCCAUCAAAAAUCAGAUUACCCAAAAAUGAAUUCUAGGUUGCUCUAAAUGCUUAACCUCCAAAUUCUCCAUCUUGUAGAGAAUCAUUCCUGCUGGUACUUGACAUACCAAGCCUGCCGAACCUCCCAUAAACUGCCCAUAUCCUGAUUAUCCCUGUAACAGCGAAUCUCCUUCCAAGCAUUUCCAUUGGGAGGAUUUUUGAUACGACCGUCAAUCUCAAGAAUUUUCUUCAUUAGGGCAUUAGGUCCUGCAAUGUUGUGGAUCUCUGCUUCAAGAGGUGCAGGGGGGGUAGCACUGCAUGGUGCUGUUUCUGGAUCCGCUUUUGGAGAUGUCGAGGAUCUAGGAGGAUCCGCCUCUGUCGGAGUAGCCAAGCUGGCGUUCUCCUGCUCCUUUUCAGACGUCGACUCUGGAAUCCGGUCUGAAUUGGUGUCGUUAUCUGUGAUCUUCAGACUCGUGUCAGGAUGCCCAGGGGUUCCUGCUUCGGUGGUUUCGGUGGUUUCGGGGACUUCUGCAGCUACGGCAGUUUCAGUAGCCCAUUCCUGAGCGACCUCAUCGUGAGGCGCUUUCCGCUUUGGAGGACGUCCUCGUUUACGACCAGUUCCUUUUUUUGCGGCUAGAGCUUGUGGUGACGUUAGUUGUUGGGCGGUUGAUGUUGCCUCUUUGGACACUAUGUCAUCUUUCUCACCAUUCGCAAUGUCAUCUUUGUUGUCGUUGGUGGUGAUUCCUGGAGUUGAUUGGCGGGCAUGGUCAAAAAGUCCCAUAAGAUUAUAACGGGUACCAGACUCAUCUUGUAUGGGUUGAUCGGGGGCUUCUGAUAACGUAUGAUCAUUCAAUUGUAGAGCCGGACUCGGAUCGAUAUCCAUUUGUGUAUCGUCUUUGAAUUCUUCUUUCAACUUGCCGUUCAUCUUUUCUUCGUUCUUGUCGUCUUCUAUCUUCCCGUCCUGAUUGUCAUCAAUUUCCAUUUUCUCACCUUCAGCCUUGGAGUCUUCGAAUGGUCCAUUCUCGAUCUUCUCGUCUUCGGUCUUUUCACCGACAGCGCUCAAGAAGACCCUCUGUCCAGUCGGCACCAAGAAACUGAGUUUUGCACCAUCAAUAGCCGUAAUCU